GGCCACAGGCUUUCUCUGCACAAGUCAAUCGUAGAAUGUUCUGUGCAAGGAGGUUAUUAGCAGAAGUUAGCAUGACAGACCGGCCUCCGGACCGAGCGAAAAACUUUCACUUUUCUCCCUCGCGGAUUACUUUCAGGGUUUCGUUGCAUCGGAAAUCAAACCCCGCGGUCCCACUUGCAGUCCACCCCAUAACUAGAAGCUAGCAGCAACCUUCUAACAAGGAGUUCCGGAUGAAGCUGUGGGGUGUGACGCUUGCGAGCACAAGGACACCGCUUGGCGCGGCCGGCCCGGUGUUUGCAAUCAAAAACUGCGACAAAGCUUGUAGCUUGAUGCGGCACGGGCAGCGAAUUGCACAGCAACAGACACGAAGCUUGUAAGCAGGCGUAACUUUCGAUUUCGUUGAUGGAAAUAAAACAUUUUCAAUUUCUUGAUAUUGCCGAAAGAAAAAACCGCUAGCACUACUGAUGGUACUUAGUUACAACUGCGUACAAACAACACCGACUAUGUAGAGAUGGCGGCACUGAGGACGGCAGAUGAGCUGCCAGAUGCUGAAAGUGUGCGUAAGAAGUGCCCUCUUUUUUUACUUGCAAGAAUGCGCAUCAUUUGUAGUCGUAC